AUGGUUGGUUCGCAAGCUGACCAGAAACCACUACAGCUCGGUGUGAACAAUAACACUCUGGCGCAUUCACCUCCUCACUAUCCUUCGCCAUGGAUGGAUCCUGCUGCUCCUGGCUGGGAGGAAGCCUAUCUCAAGGCGAAAGAUUUUGUUUCACAGCUUACCCUUCUUGAAAAGGUCAACUUGACCACUGGUGUUGGAUGGAUGGGCGAACGUUGCGUCGGCAACGUGGGUUCACUCCCUCGUUUUGGAAUGCGUGGUCUCUGCAUGCAGGAUGGCCCCCUCGGCAUCCGCUUGUCUGACUAUAACUCUGCCUUUCCUACUGGUAUUACAGCUGGUGCCUCUUGGAGCCGUGCCCUUUGGUACCAACGUGGCCUCCUGAUGGGCACCGAGCAUCGUGAAAAAGGCAUCGACGUUGCACUUGGGCCUGCUACUGGUCCUCUUGGUCGUACUCCUACUGGCGGCCGCAACUGGGAGGGUUUCUCGGUUGAUCCCUACGUUGCUGGCGUUGCCAUGGCCGAGACUGUUAGCGGCAUUCAAGAUGGUGGUACUAUCGCCUGUGCUAAGCACUACAUCGGCAACGAACAAGAGCACCAUCGCCAAGCCCCCGAAUCCAUUGGCCGCGGCUACAACAUCACCGAGUCCCUGUCGUCGAACGUUGAUGACAAGACCCUCCACGAGCUCUAUCUCUGGCCGUUCGCAGAUGCCGUCAAGGCUGGUGUUGGUGCUAUCAUGUGUUCCUACCAGCAGCUGAACAACUCUUACGGUUGCCAAAACUCUAAGCUUCUCAACGGAAUUCUCAAGGACGAGCUAGGAUUCCAGGGCUUCGUCAUGAGUGACUGGCAAGCCCAACAUGCUGGAGCUGCUACCGCUGUUGCAGGCCUUGACAUGACCAUGCCCGGUGACACUUUGUUCAACACCGGAUACAGCUUCUGGGGUGGUAACCUGACCCUCGCUGUAGUCAAUGGCACUGUUCCCGACUGGCGUAUUGACGACAUGGCUAUGAGAAUCAUGGCAGCUUUCUUCAAGGUUGGCAAGACUGUUGAGGACCUUCCUGACAUCAACUUUUCUUCUUGGUCUCGAGACACUUUUGGCUACGUUCAAGCCGCUGCCCAAGAGAACUGGGAACAGAUCAACUUCGGAGUUGAUGUUCGUCACGACCACAGCGAACACAUUCGACUCUCGGCCGCCAAGGGCACCGUCCUCCUUAAGAACUCUGGCUCAUUGCCUCUGAAGAAGCCCAAGUUCCUUGCCGUCGUUGGCGAGGACGCCGGCCCGAACCCUGCUGGCCCCAACGGCUGUAACGACCGCGGAUGUAACAACGGCACUCUGGCCAUGUCCUGGGGCUCAGGAACAGCCCAGUUCCCUUACCUCGUUACUCCCGACUCAGCGCUACAGAACCAGGCUGUCCUCGACGGCACUCGCUACGAGAGUGUCUUGCGGAACAACCAGUGGGAACAGACACGCAGUCUCAUUAGCCAACCUAACGUGACGGCUAUUGUGUUUGCCAAUGCCAAUUCCGGAGAGGGAUAUAUCGAUGUUGACGGCAACGAAGGCGAUCGGAAGAAUUUGACCUUGUGGAACGAGGGUGAUGACCUAAUUAAGAACGUCUCCUCAAUCUGCCCCAACACCAUUGUUGUUCUGCACACUGUUGGCCCUGUCAUCCUGACGGAAUGGUAUGACAACCCGAACAUUACCGCCAUAGUGUGGGCUGGUGUACCUGGACAGGAGUCCGGCAAUGCUCUUGUGGACAUCCUUUAUGGCAAAACAAGCCCUGGUCGCUCUCCCUUCACAUGGGGUCGCACCCGAAAGAGUUACGGCACUGAUGUCCUAUACGAGCCCAACAAUGGUCAGGGUGCUCCUCAAGAUGAUUUCACGGAGGGAGUCUUUAUCGACUAUCGUCAUUUUGACCAGGUUUCUCCUAGCACCGACGGCAGCAAGUCUAAUGAUGAGUCCAGUCCCAUCUACGAGUUUGGCCAUGGUCUGUCCUGGACCACGUUUGAGUACUCUGAACUCAACAUUCAAGCUCACAACAAGAUUCCCUUCGAUCCUCCUAUUGGCGAGACGAUUGCCGCUCCGGUCCUUGGCAACUACAGUACCGACCUUGCCGAUUACACGUUCCCCGAUGGAAUUCGCUACAUCUACCAGUUCAUCUAUCCCUGGUUGAAUACUUCUUCUUCCGGAAGAGAGGCUUCUGGCGAUCCCGACUACGGAAAGACGGCCGAAGAGUUCCUGCCCCCCGGAGCUCUCGACGGGUCAGCUCAGCCGCGACCUCCAUCCUCUGGUGCUCCAGGUGGAAACCCUCAUCUUUGGGAUGUGUUGUACACUGUUAGUGCUAUCAUCACCAACACUGGCAACGCCACCUCGGACGAGAUCCCGCAGCUCUACGUUAGUCUCGGUGGCGAGAACGAGCCCGUCCGCGUCCUUCGCGGGUUCGACCGAAUUGAGAACAUUGCGCCUGGCCAGAGUGUCAGAUUCACAACUGACAUCACUCGCCGCGACCUGAGCAACUGGGACGUCGUCUCUCAGAACUGGGUCAUUACAGACUACGAGAAGACCGUAUAUGUCGGGAGCAGCUCCCGCAACCUGCCUCUCAAGGCAACCCUGAAGUAA